AAAGGUUUACUUUCGCUUUAGCUCCGCUGUUUGCAGAGCGAGCCGAGGAGGAAGGACGUCGAUUGAGCUCUACGGGCGCUUUGAGUUGCAGUGAAUUGUUGGGAAACCAGUUCUUCCACAAAGACCAUCAUCGUCAUCUGUCAUGAUUAUCUGUGGCCUUGUCACAAAAUCUGAGGAACCUGUGCCCUUGAAGAGCAUCUGUGUGGAUGUGGUGGUCCGAGGCUUUGUGGCUGACGUGGUGUCUGAGCUUCGCUACCAGAAUGAGGAGAAGUCUCCAGUGGAGGUCGUGUUUGUCUUCCCUCUGGAUGAUGAAGCUGCCGUAUAUGCCUUUGAGGGCCUGAUUGGUGGGACACGGAUUGAGGCCCAGAUCCGAGAGAAGAAACAGGCAGAGCAGGAAUAUGAGGAUGCCCUGAGCGAAGGCCGACAGGCUUUCCUGCUUGAAAGGGAAGCAAACACCAGUGACAUUUUCACCUGCAGCCUGGGUAACCUCCCUCCCGAUGGGGAGGCCACGCUGAAGCUCUCCUAUGUCCAGGCCUUGGCUCCGGAGCCCGACGGAGCCAUCCGCUUUGUCCUGCCCGCUGUCCUCAACCCCCGCUAUGCACCUCAGGGUUCAGAAGGGGGCAAUGUCACCAAGAGCAUACCACGAGUGCCCAAAGGGAAGCUUCCGUACACCCUCAGCCUCAGUGCUACGCUGGAGUCGCCUUAUGGCAUCAACCGUGUGGAGUCCAAGUGCACCCUUGAGCCCUUGCGCUACACGGCAGAAGACCAUACAAUUGCCCAGGUCUCCUUGGCUGAAGGGCACCAAUUUGACAGAGAUGUGGAGCUGCUGAUAUAUUAUGAGGAUGUUCACAAACCCAGCGCCCUCCUAGAGGCCGGGAAGCCUGGGGCUGCCCCAGCCUCGCUGAUGGGGAACCCAGCUCUCCUGCUUACUCUGUACCCCAGCGUCCCUGCCUCAAAGCCAAGCCAGAAGGCAACUGGAGAAUUCCUCUUCCUGCUGGAUCGCUCUGGCAGCAUGGAGUGCAACACCGAGUAUAGCUCUGAUUCACCUGAUUCACCUAGGCGCAUUCAGAGCGCCAAGGAGACCCUGAUUCUCCUGCUGAAGAGUCUCCCUCUGGGAUGUUACUUCAACAUCUAUGGCUUUGGAUCCACCUACGACUCAUUCUACCCGCAGAGUGUAGAAUACACCCAGGAGACCAUGUCAAAGUCCCUCCAACGGGUGAAGGAGCUGCAAGCCGAUCUGGGGGGUACAGAGAUUCUUCAGCCACUGCAGGCCAUUUAUAACCAGCCAUGCCGAGAAGGGUAUCCUCGCCAGCUCUUUGUGUUCACGGAUGGAGAGGUGUCUAAUACAGAUGAGGUCAUUGAUGAAGUUCGACGUCACAGCAGCUCCCACAGGUGCUUCUCCUUUGGCAUUGGCGAAGGGGCCUCCACAGCCCUCAUCAAAGGCAUUGCCCGUGCGGCCGGAGGCAGUGCUGAAUUCAUCACAGGCAAGGAGCGCAUGCAGGCCAAGGCCCUGCAGUCUUUGAAAAAGGCCCUGCAGCCAGCGGUGACAGGGAUCUCUCUGAGCUGGGACUUGCCUCCUGGUCUGAAGGCUGAGCUUGUGGGGUCAGGCCCACAAGUCAUCUUCCAGGGGCAGCGCUGCCUCAUUUAUGCCCAGAUCUGUGGGCAGCAUCAGUCUUCAGGCUCCACAGAAGGGGCAGUUGUUCUUCAGUACCUGUUCCAAGACCAGACUUUCAAAGAAACGAUGAAGUUCUCACUCCACGCUCAGGAGACUGACAGGCUCCCUGUUCACCGUCUGGCGGCUCAGGCCCUCCUGCAGGAACUGGAGGGGGUCGGGGAGAAGGAAAAGGAAAAACAACGCCUGGCACUGGAGACGAGCCUGAGUUCAGGGGUAGUGUGUUCGCAGACCGCCUAUGUGGGAAUUAACACAGAGCUGGGCAUGCCACUUCAAGGGCCCCUCACCCGCCGAGACGUUCCCCAUCCAUAUCUAUUGCCCAUUUCAGCAUUUGGUGGACCUGUGAUGCAAGCAAUUGGCAUGAAUCGAAGCAGACGAGCAGCACCAGCACGUAUGGCUAUGAUGUGCAGUAUGCCAAGUCCUGUCGUGUAUGGCUCUGUAGAUUGCUUGGGUGAGCUUGAAGACUCCGCAUGUUUCGAGGAAGAGGACGUUGAGCUCACCCCCAAGAAAGAGGAAUCUCCUUUCUUGAAGCUGGUAUCUCUUCAGAAUGCUGAUGGCUCCUGGCCACUUGAUUCUGACCUGGCCAGCAUUCUAGGCCUGAGUGAGGCUGAGAUCUCAAGCAAAUCACCUGCCCAGGUGGCCCCGAACGCAUGGGCGACAGUGCUGGCCAUCCUGUGGCUCCACGUCAAUUCCCUGGAGCAGAAGGAUGAGUGGGAGUUACUGGAAGCUAAAGCUCUCAGCUGGCUCCAUGCAACCACAGGGCCUCAGCUGGUUGAGUGUGUAAAGGCUGGCAAUGCAAUGCUUGGAAGCGGUGUGAGCCCGGGCGUUUUUGAAAUCUGAGUUUCUCUCUCUCUGCAACCUUGUGCCUUUUAAAACUGAAGUUUCUGCUUCACUCUUCUUCUUUUUCCCUCCAAGUUUACCUAGCUGUAUUCCCACUAGGGUGUCAUCAAUUCCAAGCUGUGUGCUUGCUUCUGGUGCUGCCAUAGCUUCGCUGUGAAAAGCGCUGGAGUUUCCUUCCCUCUUGAGCUGCCUUACAUUAAUGUAAUGUGAUGUGAUGUAAUUAAAGGUCUUGUGUGCAUUAAGAAGGGAAGGGGGCCAAGUACACAGCAGAGGAGAGGGUCGGAUAUGUUGAGAAUGAAUGUUGUAUAGGUGGGUGCUGAAAAUCUUUCAUUGUGGAAGCAACAGUUCUCUUCAACAUGUAAGUGGGAAUAUGAGAGUUCCUGGAGAGGAAAUUGUGGCUGCUGCACUCCUCCUUCUGCUGCUGCACUGUUCUGAGUUCUGAUUUGGCUUUGUGUGUUGUCCAAGCCCAAGCUUCUCUUCUUCAAACACACCGCAAGCUAUUAAACUGAGAUCAACCUUAGAUUAACAGCUUGCGGUUGGUCUGGGGCAAGACAAACCAUGGGGCCACGUUUGAACAACCCACUUACCUAAACCAUGGCUUAAUUCACAGCAGCAUGUUUGAAUGGCCUGUUAAGCCCAUUGCUUAGCUCACAGCAGCAGGACAGGGCAGCAGCUGCCAUCUCCCCAGAAAUCCUCAUGGCCAGCCAUAGUUUGACUUAGUGUUACAUGUGAACCAGCUCAGUCAGUUUCCAAGCCCAACUAAAGUGCUGUCAUUAACCUUUAAAGCCCCAAAUGGAUUUGGGCCAGGUUACCUGAAAGACUGACUUCUGUAGCUCUAUGUGCCUAGUCCUUAGGGUCAUCAGAGACCCCUUUCUCCAGGUUUCCCCACCUAAUAAGGCAAGAUGGGUGGUGGCCAGUACAGAGAGAGCCUUUGCAGUGGUGAUGCCCUGAUUAUGAAAUGUCUUCCGAGGGACUUGCGUACCAUGUGCAUUAUGAUCUUUUUGACACCUAUAAUGUUUUAUGCUGUUUUUCAUAUUACAUUGUACUGAUAACAGUCUUUUGAGUUUUUGAUCUGCAUUUUGUAACCCUUCAAUUUCAAGUUUGCAAAUUGGGGAAAGGGUAAUUGCCCAGUGAUGCAGGUAUUCCCAUGUUCAGUCUCUGCUGUCAACAGACAAAGCUUUCAUUGAGGGGGAAAGGGACUGAUUGAAAGUAUCUGCAAGCAAUUGACAAAGCCUGUAGUGUGAUUUACAGAUAAGCAGAUACUUUGAAUCUUCUCAGCUCAGCGGAGCUGUUUUGCAGAAUGCCUCAUGCUGUAUUAACCUGGAGCCUGUAGAUGGUGCUGGUUUGUAAUAGAUGCUGUAACUGUAGCAUGACCCUGUCUGUAAAUUGAGAUGGAUUCAGACAGAGCAAAGUCUCGCCAUCAACCUGUGAUGGUGUUUCGUUCUAAUUUUACUCUUAUCAAGGAAUGGAACUGGGUCAUAUUGAAAGGUAUAACUUCCUCUUAUGCUUUUCGUCAAGCAAACUUUUUCCGCACAGAGACCGCUGAAUUGAUCGGGCUGGAAGAAAUUGUAUGCCAAGCAAGCAAGCAAGCAUUGGGCCACCAGAUGGCACUCUGUGCCUGGAGAACACGGGGAUCACAAGUAUAUUAAGAUAGAAAGAUGUAGCUGUUAAAGAGUGUCCUGGGCAUGAACAGGAAUACUUUGCAUAACCAACUGUUGAGAUACCAGAACUAAAGAGAAAAACAAGCCCAACCAUUUGUGAAUACAGCCAGCGUGGUCCAGUACUCAGCAGAUUGAAUGGGAAGUUUAUGUGUUAGCUUUCCUUCCAUCCCAUUCCUUCCACCCUUCUCCAAGUUCCUUAAGGUCUAGAAAUUUUAUAUCUCCUUGUGUUCCCUCUUCUAUUCCUCCACAAUUAGCCUCUGCUAACCAAACAACUGUGAAGGCAACCAGAAUGGGAUUCCUACCCGAAACUCCUCCUGCAGUUGGGUGCCACAUUUCACGGGCAGUUCCUCCACACAGCUGAUAGGAGGCAAACUUUGCCAAAGCUCGCUUAAGCUGGUCAAAGGACUUUGAGUUUGGGAGAUCAAAUAAAAUGCCUGACCCGAGGACAAGAUAAUUUCAGUAGCUUGUGAGCCCACUUAAUGUAGUCGUACCCUAAGGUGGGUAGGAGAGGGAAUUUCAGCAAAUGUAGCUUGUCAUGCCAGGGACUCCUGCUUAAAUCCCCUCUUCUACACAACUGUUAUAAGGUGUGGGAAUUCUGUUCUCUGCUGUAUGCAGCCAACCUACUAGGGUGGCCACUUGUACCUCUCCAGAAAAGUGGAAAUGCAUAAUAAAAGGAAAAUAUUUGCA